AUGAAUUUUGUGGUUAAUGGAUGUAAGUUUUCUAUUUUCUCAACAUACAUGUCACUUGUGUUAUUCUGGGCUGAGAUAUACCAUCAGGCAAGAAGCCUUCCAGCAGAUAAACUCAGACCUGCAUAUUUCAUUGUCAAUGGAGCUAUAUACUUCCUUCAGAUUAGCAUCUGGAUAUAUAUGAGAUUCAGCCUUGUUGGUGUGGAGAUUGCUGAACUACUUCUCUCGGAGGCAACUAAAGAGGCGGAUCAUGUGGAUCUUAGGUCCAAAAUGCUCACCAUAUUUAUCCCACUCCUUGUUGAUGAGGUGUAUAAUGAGCUUGCAGAUCGUUGUGGGGUACCCCGGCUGGCAAAAAAGUUGAACCAGAUUUUGGUGAAACAUAUAAAAACAGUGUUACCAGGGUUGAAGGCACGUAUUAGUGCUGCAUUAGUUUCUGUAGCAAAAGAACAUGCUAGUUAUGGAGAGAUUACAGAGUCUAAGGUUGGCAUGGGAGCUCUUCUUCUAAAUAUUCUUUCAAAGUAUUCUGAAGAUGAUCUUCAUGAUUUCUUUAAACAACCUUUUCUUCAACGAUUGAGGGUAAAAACAAAGAGAUGUCAACAUCUGAGUUGUCAGGAGGAGCAAGAAUACACUAUAUUUUCUAGUCAAUAUUUGUCAAAAGUUUGGAGGAAGUUGACCCUUGUGAGGACUUGA